AUGACUGCACUCUGGGACAAAUGGGGAGCUAGGGUUCCUAUUUCUAUCCUCUGGGUCGAUUACAACAUCGUCUCUCAGGUCAAAACUGUUGAGAAAGAAGGAAUCUUUGCGUUACAGGCUAAACAUUUGACAAUGCCUGUGUUGGGUCAUUUCAGAGCUCAAGGUGUGGCGUUGAAAAGGAAGUUGAGAGAGUUUCCUGUGACGGAAGACGCUAUGCUUCCCGUUGGGACUUCACUCGGUGUCCAACAUUUUGUUCCGGGACAGUAUGCCGAUGUCACGGGGAUCACUCGUCGGAAAGGUUUUCAGCGAGUCAUGAAGAGAUUUGAUGCGGCUGGAGGGGAUGCAUCACAUGGUUGUUCAAAGGCGCAACGAACAAUUGGUUCCACAGGUCAAAGAGAUGCUCCGGGAAAGGUUCCUGGUGCAGAAGGAAACUUUGUAUUCAUAAAAGACGCGUAUUACAAGAAACCAGACAUCUCGAAGCUUCCCUUUCCAACGUACUUAGUACCAGAAGACGAGGACCAGCCAGAAUUAGAACCAUUGGUCGCAGAUCUCGGAGAAGUUGACCCUUUUAUGUUGGCAGAAUGA